UUGUAGAGAAUAUAGCUAAAGUUUGUGAUUGUUAUUGAGAUGUUAAGUGAAGUUAUAAAAAUAUAAACAAACGUGGUAAUAAUGGCAGAAGUAUUCAAAAAACGAUCCGGGACUACAGACAGGGGCAAAGACUAUGAACAUCUCUACAUAGCAAACAUAAUUUUAAAAUUAGUACCAGACGACGCCAUAGAAAACUUUUACGUAUCGUCGAACGACGAAAAAUACGGUUCUUUUGAUGACGUCGUAGUUGAAAUUAAGUACAAAGCCAAAGAAGACAGACAAAUAUACGCUGUACAGCUGAAACAGAGCAAAAGCAAAGUAGUACGUUGUAAAGAUUUGUCCACACAAAAAGGAAAUUUCAGUAUACCUGAAUACUUCGGAGAUUACGAAAAAAAUCUGAAACCGCUUCAUAACACUUCUACCAACUUUAUUCUCUAUACAAACUUGAACGCCAAAAUCACUGAUAAUUUUCUGCUCAACUUCAAAAACGAAGAAUUUAAUGUCAACGUGCGGAAUAUUCCACAAAGUGAUUUGUUGUCGUCUUGCGAAGAUGGAAGUUGUUAUGUUUUCGAAACGGAAGACAAACACAGCGAUUUUUUCAGAACGUUGUCUCUGUAUUCUGGACAAGCCGACGUUAACCAGAUGGAAAAAAAUGCGUUCAAAAUGUUUGUUGAUGCAUUCAGUGGCGACAAAACAUCUUUCGACAAAUUUGUGAGUUUCAUCACGAAAUGGAGCGUGCAAGAAGGGAACAAACUGAAGCUGGAUAAAUCGUGGAUGCAAGACGUCAUCGCUUUAUCUCUUGUGUCUCCUUUCGUCAAACCGUUGUCGUUCUCAUUUGGUUCUAUUAGUGAAAAAGAGAAAGUUAUUGCUGGUGCCAUUUCUAACUUUCACGUUACUCUUCUUGGUAACGACGAUUAUGCCAAAAUAAAAAAUUUGUGGGCAGAUGUGAUCGAUGCAGUUGAAAUUGUACAGCUCAAAAUAGCUAGAACAAAAUACCAUUUGAUGUUAGAUCAAAUCAAAACGAAGGACUCCUUACGUAAAGAAGAUCAAGAAGUAAGUAAGCUUUUAUGGUUGUUGGAAAAGUGUCCACUGGUUGUUGAAGAUUCUUUCCAAACACAGCGAGCAAUAGCGUUAUGCCCCGAAAGAUGUUUUAUUAUUUUGAGCGUCGACGAAACAACAAGUCUGGGUCAUGAUAUUUUCAAAAAUGUAUCCGAUUUGAGAAAACACGAAGAAAUAUUCAAAAGCGUCUUGAAUAAUUUUACCUAUUCGUUGGAAGGACAAACGGAGGUUUCUUUGAACGAACGAUUAAAAUGGAAUGAAGAACUUGAUACAAUGAUCACCACUUCGAAAUUAGUUCAGACGAUCGAUCGACCAUUGCUUAUUGGAAGUGUGAAGGAAGUUUUGCCACCUUGUCACGUCACUCGGACACUAUCAAAAAUUCUGAUAGACGUACAAUUCGUGGAAGCAGUCACCAAUUCCGUUAUUGUAGUGACCGAAGUGGAAGACCUUACCGCGUUUGUAAAACUACACUUAAAAGAAGCCCAAAACCAUCAUUCAGAUGAAAACACCGACGAACAUGUUUGUGUGGAAGUGCGCAACAAUGUCGUACAUCUAUAUAAAGGUAAACUAUCCCAACAAGAGUUCCACAAUUUGUGUACUAAAACUCCGGCAAAAAAUAAAUGUCAUCGGUUUAAAUACGUCGACGAAAAGGCUCUAGAAUGGAUCGAAAGUACGAACAAUUUAGAAGAACUUAAAACAUUUCGCUUGAGCGGAUUUAGUACGCACAGUGUACACGAAUCACAAUUGGUUAACGACGAUAACAAAACGAAGAUUAUUUGUGCUAAUCCCGGAAUGGGCAAAAGUACUUUGAUGAAAAAUUUGAAAAUCAGUACCUGUUCCUCUAUUUGGACGAUUCUGAUUAGCGCAAGGAAUCAUGCUUUGUAUUUCCGGAAAAGAGGAGGUGACGUCGAUGGGUUUUUUAACUAUAUUUUAGACGAGAACUGUCGUUUGUGUCAUACUUUCGAUGCAGGAGUUUUUAGAACUUUGUUGGAAAAGGAUCAAGUGCAGCUGAUUUGGGACGGACUGGACGAAGUUUCUGAUCGAAGUUUAGAUGUUAUAUUGACUUUGAUAAGCGCUAUAUCUAACAAAGGAGUGAGACAGUGGAUAACGGCUCGAACUAACGUGAGAAAUGUCUUGGAAAACCGCUUCCAUAUAUUUUCAAGAGAUAUCAAACCAUUUAAUCAAGCGGAACAGCAUAUCUACGUCCAAGAACGUCUAAAUCUAUCGGAAGAUGACCUACGCGUUAUAUUCCAUAAAAUUAAGGUAAACGUAGAAAUGUACUCAAAUAACGAUAUUCUGGGAAUUCCUUUGCAAAUUUACAUGUUAACAGAAUUAUUUAAACAAAAUUCGAAAAAGUAUGCAGAUCUUCUAAAUACCGGGUUCACUUUAUUAGAUUUAUAUGAAAAUUUUAUACACGAGAAGUUUGAAAUUUAUUUUAACGAGAAACGCCAAAGUAAUCGAAAGAUUGACACCGUCGACCAAGACUGCGAAGACGAAAUGGAAGAAAGAGUAAACUUUUACAAGGAAUUAGCUUACUAUGUAUAUUUAGAAAGCAAGUAUAGAGUAAUUCUCAAAAGAACUUUUGAAUGUCUCACCUCAUUUAACAACUUUUUGUAAAAAAUCAAACAAGAGAGGGAUCCGGUGGGUUUAAUCAGCAACGUAACAAUAGAAAACGUGCCAGAAUUUAGUCAUAAUUCGUACGGUGAGUACUUUGCAGCUUUAUACUUGUUCGAUACUAACCGAGAAAAAGCAAAACAGGACGAUUUUAUUUCCAAUAAAAAAUUUAACA